GCUUUUGCCAUUUUGUGGACCCACCCUUCCUCUAAACCUCCUCUCCGUCCCCUCUUUCUCUCUCUAUUUAUCCUCAACACACCACUUCUAAGUUCUAAAAGCAGAGAGACGUUCAGAAAAAGGAAAACUCGGCCACCUGAGUCCUGAGAGUUGUAGGAUUUUGAGAGAGUGGAGAGGUUUUCUCGAUGGGUAAUUACAAGUUUAGGUUAUCAGAUAUGAUGCCUAAUGCUUGGUUUUACAAGCUCAAGGACAUGGGCAGAGGCAGAGGCCAUAACAGUGGGCAUUCCAUUAAGAAAAAGCAAUCUACAAAAACUGCAGCGGCACAGGCGGGCAAGCCAAAGCAGCCCCACAGAGAUUGUCCCAGAAAGUCUUACUACUUCACGAGAGACCCCAUCUCCAGUGAUGGAUUCUUCCAUUCUACCACAAACCCCAAAGUCUCGGACACAAAUUUUCCUGACCCACCAAGAAGAUCGUCCAAACAGCGUGUCAGGAGAAGGGCCCUGAGGUCUUCUCCCAGGCUCGUCACCUCCUCUGUUUCCGCCGGUUGUAGCUGCCGCGCCACUCUCGAGUCCGUCUGGACUAAGUCCGAUUCCACCCCGGACUUCUGGGAUUCUCCUCUUGACAGCUCUCCUGAUGGAGUUUCGCUGCUUCCGGAAUUGGGGUCUGACCGGAUUCGGUCUGCGGAGUCGUUUGAUGGGAUGGUUUCAUGGGCGAGUUCUUGUAGCUGCAGAGUCGAUUCCACUGCCAAUGACUUCGUAAUCGACGUGGAAGAGAAGUCUUUCUCUCGGAAAUUUGAUAAGCUAGACGGGUUCGAAACCAUUUCGGAGCUUGACCUCCCUCCAAUCAUAACCAAACCUGCUAAAUUCAACGACAUGGUAAAUGAUAUCAAGAAGAAGGAGAUGACUGAACCGGUCAAGGUUCGGAGGAGUUCAGCAAAAUUUGAGGAGAGAAAUGAUCAUGGAUCCUUAUCUGUGAAGAUUGUGAAGGAGGAAAGCAUUGGUAUGAAAGCGCAAAAGCCCAGUCCUGUUCGAAGAUUUUCUGGGAAUUCUCCCGGAGUGAGGCUCCGGAACAAUUCACCCAGAAUUGCGAGCCGGAAAAUUCAGUCUCAUGGUCGGAAAAGCGUCUCUUCUACUUCAAGUUCAAGCUCCCGGAGGAGUCUUUCUGAUAGCUUUGCCAUAGUGAAGUCCUCCUUUGAUCCUCAGAGGGACUUCAGGGAUUCAAUGAUGGAGAUGAUUGUGGAGAACAACAUCAGGGCAUCAAAGGACUUAGAAGAGCUUCUGGCCUGUUAUCUUUCCUUGAAUUCAGAUGAGUAUCAUGACAUCAUUAUCAAAGUGUUUAAGCAAAUCUGGUUCGAUAUCCCUGAUGUCCACAAGUGAAUUCUUCGAGAACUGAGUUGACAUUUGUAGAUGACUUCCCUUUUUUUCUUUCCCUGGUAGCUUUCUUGUUACAAAAUCUUCUAGCUAAUAAAGUAAUUAUCAGUAGCCUUAGUUGAGUA